AUGGGCCGCGUCCGAACCAAGACAGUGAAGAAAUCUUCACGCCAAGUCAUCGAACACUACUACUCUCGAAUGACCCUCGAUUUCCACGUCAACAAGAAGCUCCUCUGCGAGGUCUCCACCAUCCCCACCAAGCGACUCCGAAACAAAAUCGCCGGCUUCUCCACCCACCUAAUGAAGCGGAUCCAGAAGGGACCCGUCCGCGGAAUCUCCCUCAAACUCCAGGAGGAGGAGCGCGAGCGUCGCAUGGACUUUGUUCCCGAUGUAUCCGCCAUCAGGACCGACCAGAUCGAGGUCGACAAGGAGACUCUCGAUAUGCUCUCGUCGCUCGGAAUGAGCGACAUUCCCGGUUUGGUUCGGGUCGACCCGGUUUCCGUGCAGACUCAACCUUUAAGAUUUGGCCGUGCCGGCGGAGCUGGAAAGAGAUACUGAUUUGAAUUUUGGGGCAGACAUAAUGGUUCUAGAUUAUAUUCUUAGUGGGUUUUCAGAAGGUAGUUUUUUUUUUUUUUAACGAUUCUUCAUUAUUUCAUAAAAAUCUCUCAUUUUUAUGUUAAUAUUUAUGAAUUAUAUGUCCAAUUUUAGUGAAUCAAAGUUUUUAUUAGAAUGAA